AUGACCGCCAAAAAAAUCUACAAAGAUUGUUCAGAGAUUUUGAAAAGAGAUCCUAGUAGAAAAAGACAAGAUGGAGUUUAUGUAAUUUAUCCUGACACCCGGAGAGAAGUCUUUUGUGAUAUGACGACAGACGGAGGAGGGUGGACGACCAUUCAGAAAAGAGUAGACGGCAACUUGGAUUUUUAUAGAACAUGGAACGUGUACAAGGAGGGAUUUGGGAAUGCUUCUAAAAACUAUUGGAUAGGGAAUGAUGCAAUCCAUGCUUUAACCAAAGAUCAGGACCAAGAACUCCGACUAGACCUCCGGAGUCAUAAUGGAGAAGAGGCCUAUGCUGUGUAUACCACAUUUUACAUCGGAGAUGAAAACAAUAAAUACACGAUCACGGUAUCUGGUUACAACGGAACAGCGGGUGACAGUUUGGGUUAUCAUAAUGGUAUAAAAUUUAGUACACAGGAUCAAGACAAUGACAACAACAGGAGUAGCUGUGCUACAGAUUAUCACGGAGCCUGGUGGUACAACGCUUGUCUCCACUCAAACCUGAACGGAGAGUACGCACAAUCUGCUGUGCAUGGUAAUAGAUACCCGAUAUGGUGGCAGUGGAAAAGAAUUGAAGCUUUAAAACAGACUGUGAUGAUGAUCAGAUACAAAGGCUAG